UCCUCCUUCACUUGCUUGGACGUCACCCCACAUCCCACCAGCCCCUGGACUGAGGUGUCCGGCACCCGUCUGGUCACCAUGGGGACCCUGGAGCCCUCCCGGCACCUGCUGUUGCUCCCUGUUCUCCUGACUGUGGGAGGAUUAAGUCCCGUCCAGGCCCAGAGUGAAUGCAACUGUUCUCCUGUGAGCCCUGGUGUACUGGCUGGGAUUGUGCUGGGUGACUUGGUUCUGACACUGCUCAUUGCCCUGGCUGUGUACUCCCUGGGCCGCCUGGUCCCUCGAGGCCGAGGGUCUGCAGAGGGGACCCGGAAACAGCACAUUGCUGAGACCGAGUCACCUUAUCAGGAGCUUCAGGGUCAGAGGCCAGACGUCUACAGCGACCUGAACACACAGAGGCAGUAUUACAGAUAAGGCCACACCGCGGCCGUCCGCAACCUAACGCCUGGAUCCGGGGGUUCCGGGUGGCCGCUCAGCAUGCCCUCCCUGGGACGCCCGCUGGAAUCCCGAUCCUCGCAGCGCCCUCCCUGAGAUGUCCCACCUUGCCCCGUUUCUGUCUCCAAAUAAAAGCGGAGCAGAA